AACAUGGUCGAAAUGAGCUACCUAAGGAUAUUUCUGGCCCUGCUCGUUUUUGGCUGCUUUAGCGUGAUCGAUGGUGAGGAAGUGGCCGUUGGACAGGAUGCAGUAGAAAGGGGUGAAUCCUCACCGAUCGAGCCUAGCUCUUCGUCCUCGUCGGAUGGCGGUGCCGUCGGUGUGCAGGGUGGCGAUAAGAAGAAUGCUAAGCGUCAUCUGUCGUUCGGGUUUGGACAUGGGUAUGGUGGUGGUGUAGGAUUUUCGGCCGGUGUUGGAUACGGAUCGGGCGUUGGUGUAGGCUAUGGUUCGGGCGUUGGAGUCGGGUAUGGAUCGAGCAUCGGCUACGACGGAUACGGUAGCUACGGGUACGGUGCAGGCUACGGAAGUCGAUUCCGUGGUUAUGGAGGUUACGGUGGGUACGGUGCCGGCUAUGGUGUCGGGUACGGUGGUUACGGAUCAGACGGUUUCCACGGAUUCCAUGCACACUACUCGAAACCGAUCGUAACUGCCACGAUCAAGGAGCACAUCCCGAUCGCCAUCCCCAAACCGUACCCGGUGUUUGUGAAGAAAACGGUCCCUGUACCGGUACCGAUCCACAAGCCCGUACCGUAUCCGGUGAUCGUGAAGAAAACGGUUCCGGUUCCGAUCGUUGUAUCGCACCCGGUACCGGUACCGAUCACGAAGCACGUGCCCGUACCCGUCCCACAGCCUUAUCCGGUGUCCGUUCCGCAUCCCGUUCCGGUGAAGGUACCGACGCCAGUGAUCGUAACGAAGCCCGUCGUCGCUUACUCGCCCGCCAUCGUCAGCACACCGAUCGUUAGCGCACCGAUCGUUACCAGUGCUGGGCACAUUUCCGUCAGCGAUCAUGGCUUACAUCAGACGCACCACUCGCACAGCCAUUAUGGGAGUGGAGCGUACAAGGCAUACACUUCCGGCACGGCCGGUCUGUACACGGGCAGCAGUGGUGGACAUUAUGGUUCCAGCGGCCAUUUUGGAGGCACUCAGUACGGCAGUACGGGUUCGUCCGGAGCACACUACGGGGGGCUGUACGGUGCGCACUAUGGAGCCGGUGUUGGCCAAUAUUCAGGUCAUCUAAGUGCCGGAGUCCUAUGCGAUCACUAG